CGCGAAGGAAGCGUCCGCGGUAGGGUUGAGGCCUAUCGGAAGCCAGUUAUGGCGAGUCGCCAUCAAGCGGUAAUGGGACAAGUAAAAAGGAAAGAAGCUAAUCAGAAUCGACAAAACGUAAAGAUAGAUUGGAUCAUAAAUUCUCCCAAUCCAACACCAAUUGGUUUUUUUCGCCUAACUCACCCAACGGCACGAUAUCGAGCAAUAGACACUUACAAAAAAUGUUUUAGUCUUGCUUUAAGCCGUAAAACUAUUCAGCGCGACUGGGAAAUUUGGUUAAAGGAAAAGAAAGCGAUUCUAGCCUGUCGAGAAGCCCAUGAUACAAAUUUGCAGAUUCAACAAGACUUCAUCUUUACAAUGAAGACAAUCACUGGCACAACCGAAAGUAAUACUGAGGAACAUAAUACUUUUGCUUCAGGAAGUCAUCGCAUAGAAAAUGUUAAUGAUCAAGAAGUAUACACAGGAGUAACAAAGGAUAGUCCAAACAAUCCAUUUAUUGUACCGGCUAAAGAUAACGAUGCAUCAGGUGAAGGUAAUGAUGCACCAAGUGAAGAUGAUGCACCUAAUGCAUCCAGUUCAUCCUACCAUCCUGAAUCAAGUGAAUCAGAUGAUAGUGUUGAAUCUGAACAAAAAGAAAAACCCGAAUUUCAAUAUGAAUGGUUUGUUGGACCCGGCAUAAAAGAGUCAAAAUUGAAUGAAAAUGAAAAUAAGUGGACCGUUGGUAUAAUCGAUGUUUCAAAUUUGCUAUUGGAGUAUCGUAAUAUAUCUAUUAAAAAAGCAUCAGAGCAAAAAAUAGAAAAUGCUGUUGAAAUGCUUUCUCUUAAUCAUAUAUUUCUAUUGGAUGAGAAUUUAUCUACCGGGAUCUCAGAAAUGAUCGGUCCUGCAUCAUUGAAAGCAAUUUUCGAAAAUAUCAGAAGUGAAUAUACUUCAUAUCAUCUUUCAGACAAAGACAUUAUACGAUGCUGUAAGUCAUUACUUAGGAAAUGGCAGAAGGAAGUUGAUGAAAAUGAUAAUGAUUUAGUCUUAGAAGUUUUUGAAUCAAUUUUUAAGUAUUUUCCAUGCAACACAAAUCGAGCAGAUGCGCGAGAAGAUUCAUUCAUUCAUGAAGUUUUUGCACCAAUAAUUUUACCUUUUUUUGUAAAUAGCGAUCUAAUAUGUGAAUGGUCCUCAGAUGUGUUGGAUUCAUCAACCCACAGAAAACGCAAAUUUGAUCCUAUUCUCCAGGGAAGAAAAGCAGACUUUUCUGCUUAUGCACAAACCAAAGGCAACAGAUACUAUUUAUUGGUCUCUGAAAUAAAGUCUGCCAGAUAUAUUUCAUCAAAGAAAAUUAAUUUUGUGGAUUGCGAUUUAGUAAAAAUUGGAAAUGAAAUGAAAGAUAUGCUUGAUAAGUGCAUUGAAGAUGGUGUGAAAACCAAAGAUUUGGCUAUUUGUAGCAUACUUGUCGAAGCAAUAGAAGAACUAAUGCAGAUAAAAGUUA